CAAAGGCUGACAUCACAGAGAGGAGGAUGAAUGGAUGAGCUAGGACCUGUCAGGAAAAAGUAGAUAACAUAACAUACAUCGCAAGGAGGAGGAUGAAUGGGGCAGGUGGGACCUGUCAGCACAAAGUAAAAGGAGAACGUAUAAGUGUUAUCAGCAGUGUGGAAGGUGCGAUAAGGAUUUCGUAGCAAUACUGAGAUUUUAGGGGAAUAAGCAGGACGCGCUUUAGAUUUUCAGCCAGAUGGCCUAAAAUGGACACCGUAGCAGUGGUGGUAGAAGCUGAGACUUUUCAACAGCUACGUUCGCCAUCUUUAUUUUGUCAGUUCUGUGUAUAUGGUGAGCUUUAAUCGUAUAAUAUUCAGGCAUGGUAUCGUUUCCCGAGGGAGCUUGAAGCAAGGUGGACCAGCAAAGACGUGGACAAGCAAACAAUUAGAAACAAAAUUACAAUUUGUAAAUCGCUGCCAAUACAGAGGGAGUAACGAGGUGAUGGCUGGAAUGUGGCAUCCUCCGGCUUGCCUUUUACUCCUUGUCGGAUUUGUGCACGGUAUUUGGGGUGUUCAAGUAAAUAAACAUAAACCAUGGAUAGAAACCGCUUACCAUGGUAUUGUAACAGAAAAUGAUAAUGCUGUUUUGUUGGACCCUCCACUGAUUGCAUUGGAUAAAGAUUCGCCUCUCCAAUAUGCAGGUGAAAUUUGUGGAUUUAAGAUUCAUGACCAGGAUGUCCCUUUUGAGGCAUUGGUCGUUGACAGAUCUACUGGGGAAGGUCUAAUUCGUUCUACCAAGCAGCUGGACUGUGAGAUACAGAAGGACUACACCUUCUCGAUUCAAGCUUAUGACUGUGGCAAAGGACCUGAUAGCUCCUCUGUAAAGAAAUCUCACAAGGCAUCAGUACACAUACAAGUAAAUGAUGUGAACGAGUAUGCACCAGUCUUCAAAGAAAAAUCCUACAAAGUUACUGUCCGAGAAGGGAAAAAGUAUGAUAAUAUAUUAAGGGUAGAAGCUGUAGAUGCUGAUUGCUCUCCGCAAUUUAGUCAGAUCUGCAGCUAUGAGAUUGUAACACCUGAUGUGCCUUUCACCAUUGAUAAGGAUGGUUUUAUUAAGAACACCGAGAAAUUGAUUUAUGAAAAGGAACAUCAGUACAAACUUACUGUUACUGCCUAUGACUGUGGAAAGAAAAGGGCAGCAGAAGACAUACUGGUAAAAGUAAGCGUUAAACCAACAUGCAAAGUCAGUUGGCAAGGAUGGAAUAAAAGAAUAGAAUAUGAGCCUGGUUCUGGUUCUUUAUCACUGUUCCCUGGGAUGCACCUGGAAACUUGUGAUGAACCCAUUACCUCAAUUACAGCACAUGUACAAUUGGAAACAAGUCAUAUUGGUAAAGGAUGUGACAGGGAUACAUACUCUGAAAAGUCAAUUCACAAACUUUGUGGGUCUUCCUCUGAUGUAGUAGAACUGCUUCCAUCUCCCAGCAUGACCACAAACUGGACCUUAGGGCUUCCCACGGAUAAUGGUCAUGAGAGUGACCAGGUAUUUGAAUUCAAUGGCACUCAGGCAGUAAAGAUUCCAGAUGAAUUUGUGACUUUGAACUUUGAUGAGCCCUUUGUGAUUUCUGUUUGGAUGCGACAUGGAACUGGUGGCAAAGAGAAGGAAUCAGUGUUGUGCUUUUCUGGCAAAACAGAAAUAAGUCAGCAUCACUAUUUUCUCUACAUACACAACUGCAAGCUAGGUUUUCUCCUUCACCAGGUGGCUUCAGAGGAGAUCUAUAAACCUGCAGAAUUCAAUUGGAAACUUAACCAGGCAUGUGACAAGGAGUGGCACCACUAUGUUCUUAAUGUAGAGCUUACCACUGUCACACUAUAUGUAGAUGGUGUCUUAUUUGAGCCUUCUGCAGUAACUGAAGAUUAUCCUAUGCAUCCUUAUCCAAUAUACAGCCAACUGGUUGUUGGUGCCUGUUGGGAAGGUGAUGAAAGACAGAUGGGUCAAUUCUUCAGUGGAAACCUUGCAGGACUAAUGAUCCAUUCAGGGAAACUGGAGAACAAAAAAGUUAUAGAUUGUUUAUAUACCUGCAAAGAGGGAUUGGAAUUGCACACUGUGGAUGGAAUUGGGGAAGCUGUAAAGAUCAACUUAAACACCAGUCGUUCUGAUGUGACAUUGGAAGGAAAUGAAAUUGAUAAAUGUGACCAGGCAAUGCAGCAAGUUUCCUAUGUCAAUUCACGCCAGUUUCCCACUCCUGGAAUGAGGCGGUUUACAAUCACCACCAGUGUAAGAUGCUUCAAUGAGGAGACAUGCAUUACCAUACCAGAUGUAGAAGGUUAUAUCAUAGUCUUGCAGCCAGAGGAGCCCAGGAUCAGUAUAAAAGGCAUAGACCACUUUGCUCGUUCUGCCUCAGAAUUUGAGAGUAAUGGAGGGGUGCCUCUGUUCCCUGAGUUGCAUAUAAUCAGCACAAUUACAAGAGAGAUAGAAAGUGAUGGAGAAGAUCCUACAGUUCAAGAAUCGCUAGUCUCUGAAGAAAUUGUGCACGACUUGGACACUUGUGAGGUUGUUGUGAUGGGAGAAGAGCUGAACCCAGGGGAGGAGAGCCUUCAGCUGGACGUGACUCAUCUACAGCAAACAAGAAUUGAGAUAAGCAGCUCUAAUUAUGGCAUUAGCCUCACAGGUAUUGAUUCUAUGGAAAAUUAUGAAGAAUUACUGCAUCUAAUUCGCUACAGGAAUUGGAAUACGGUCUCUCUGUUUGACAGGAAGUUUAAGCUGAUCUGCUCUGAACUAAAUGGCCGAUACAUUAGUAAUGAGUUCCAUGUUGAGGUGAAUGUCAUCCACACUGCCAGCCAUGUUGAGGUUCCAAAUCAUAUUAUGGCUCAACCCCAAUUUGUUCAUCCAAUGCAUCCCCUUUUUGGAGACUUGACUGGUCACAACAUAGCUAACCCUCAUGCUUCAUCAGUUGUCCCCAGCGCUGCUACUAUUGUAAUUGUAGUUUGUGUCAGUUUCCUUGUCUUCAUGAUUAUACUGGGAGUCUUUCGUAUCCGUGUGACCCAUCAGCGUGCGUUAAGGGACCAAGAAGGAGGCAAGGAAAAUGAGAUGGACUGGGAUGAUUCAGCACUUACAAUAACAGUCAACCCAAUGGAGACAUAUGAAGGACAGCAAAGCAGUGGGGAGGAGGAGGACAGUGAAGAAGGAGAUGAUGAUGAUAUCACAAGUGCAGAAUCUGAGUGCAGUGAAGAAGAAGAUGAGGAACAAGAAGGCGAUCAACAGAAUAUAAAUAAGCAGCAACAGCUUGAAUGGGAUGACUCCACCUUAACCUUUUAAUCUUUGUUACCCUGGAGCCACAAUGAACACUAAUAUUCCAAUUGUUAACAGUGUAAACAACCAUUCCAGAGGCUUGUGGCAUGCUUUCCUAUUAACUAUGUAUGGAAAUAUACCCAUGGUUUUGUUAUUUUUGUGUUAAGGUUAACAGUGGUCCAUCCAUUUUAAAUAUUAUUCCUCUCUUACCAGUGUUUCAAUACAAGAGGGGCACAUGCUAUUCUCCAUUACUUACUGGCUUUUGAAGAUGCAUAAAUUAAAAGACCAGUAACUUCAUGAAGUGGAAAAUGUUUAUAUAUGAGAGAGGUGUCGUCACUCACGUCAUUAGGAACUGUUAUGCCUGGGCGCUGUUCUUAAAACGUCUAAGUAGAUAUCCAGUGUUCAGAAUCCGCACACACAGGGCCUAGGAGCAGUUUAAAGAACUGUGUCACUAAAUAAACUUCUUUAAAGUGCUCCUAAGCCCUGUGUGUGCAGAUUCUGAACAUUGGAUAUAUAUAUAUAUUUAUUUUGUUUUUACAUUUAAAUUUGUGUUGUUCAAAUCUGUUUGACCAACAACUACAAAUAGCAACAGUCUAAUUUAACAUGAGAACGAUUUUCAUACUUUGGCUGUAUACAGAGCCAGUUUCUCUCCACUGAUUAACUUAAACCACUGUAUUCUAAAAGCUCACUUUUAUCUGCUAGGUAAAUGUUGGCCCUACAACACCAUUUAAACUUUAAUGGCAGCUCUAUGGCUACAUAGUAGCUUGGUUAUGUAAGCUAUAAUUGGCCGUCUAUAGCACAUACACUUUUUAACCAGUGCAAGAUAAUAAACAAUAUACAAAAUUGUUUGAUUUUUUUGUGUUACUGGCCCUUUAAUAGAAGCAUAUGGACUUAGUAUAGACAAGUGAUUUUGUUUUUUUCCAAACAAAUUAGUGCAUGCCAGAUUGUUUGAGUGUGCAGAGAAUAAGCAUUUUAGUAUCUUUUGUAGCAAAACUAAAAUAAUUAAAACCUGAUUUAUUUUAUGUAAAUAGGACAUGGACUCGCAGCAUGGAGAUUAUCUGAUGACAUGCCCCUUCAGCCUCAGUUUUAAGAGUUCUGCUGAAUUAUAUGAUUUACUGUCAUAGCAAGCAUGAAAUCCAUGCACAUAACCAAUAUUCUUCUUUCUAAUUGCUUGAAGCCUAUGUGCACAUUAAUAGUUGUGCAUGUUUUUAAAAAAGAGUGUGAGUGUAAUGCCAAGCAAGUGUUAACCUGUGUAUAUACAAUGGUCUGUACAUUCCACAAUUUGCCAAGCUCACUGGCGUCGUAAAUUAUGUGCGUGCGUAGGAGUUUAGAGAAGGCUUUUUAAACAGCUACUCUCAUUCUAAAGGUUGCUGGG